CAAACUACUGAGCUGUGUGAGCAGCAACUAAAACCAUCACCAGCGCGGAGAACAAAUUCAACAAGAUCUCUGUGCUCAGUAAAGCGUAUAUAAUUUAGACCUCUAUAUAUUGAGAAAGUGAUCGCAGCUGCCUGGAUGUCAACAAAAGGCAGGAAGUAUCAGAAGAGAGUGUCUUUCUCUGAGGAGGACAAUGAUCAGGAUUGGAAAGAGGAGAACGGGGGUUUGGAUUCACAUCAUUUGAGAUCAGUGAAAACCGUUAGGGAUUCAUCUGGCUACUACCAUCACACGCUGGAAGGGGGUGAUAAUAAUCCCAAAGAAAAGAGACUCACGAUGAUGAGAGAGAAGGGAAGACGACAAGCUAUCCGAGGCCCAGCGUUCAUGUUUAACAACAGAAGCACCAGCCUGACGACAGAAGAGGAGAGGUUUUUGGAUGCCGCAGAGUAUGGAAACAUUCCUGUUGUGCGCAAGAUGCUUGAGGAAUCCAGGACUUUAAAUGUCAACUGCGUCGACUACAUGGGCCAAAGCAGCCUGCAGCUCGCAGUGGGAAAUGAACAUCUGGAAGUGACGGAGCUGCUCCUGAAAAGGGACAAUCUGGCCCGCAUCGGUGACGCUCUGAUGCUUGCUAUCAGCAAGGGUUAUGUACGGAUUGUGGAAGCGAUUUUGAACCACCCGGCUUUUGUUACAAGUAAACGCUUGACUCUCAGCCCCUGUGAGCUGCAGGAUGAUGACUUUUAUUCCUACGAUGAAGACGGCACAAGGUUCUCUCCUGACAUCACCCCCAUCAUUCUAGCCGCCCACUGCCAGAAGUACGAGGUCGUGCACAUGCUGCUCAUGAAAGGCGCUCGCAUCGAGAAACCCCAUGACUAUUUCUGCAAGUGCAAUGACUGCAUGGAAAAGCAGAGGAUUGACGCUUUUAGUCAUUCCCGCUCAAGAAUAAAUGCCUACAGAGGAUUAGCAAGUCCUGCUUAUCUGUCUUUGUCUAGCGAAGACCCAGUCUUCACAGCUUUAGAACUUAGCAAUGAGCUGGCCAAGUUAGCCAACAUUGAAAAAGAAUUUAAGGACAACAAAAAAAAAGAGACGGUGCAGCUCAAUUGCUUCUCCCUGAAUGACUAUCGCAAGCUAUCUAUGCAAUGUAAGGACUUUGUAGUGGGUGUUCUUGAUUUGUGCCGAGAUACUGAAGAAGUUGAAGCCAUACUGAACGGAGAUGUGGACGCUGAACAAGUCCAAGGGCAACACCACAGGGCUUCCCUUAGUCGGGUCAAACUGGCCAUCAAGUACGAAGUCAAGAAGUUUGUUGCCCACCCAAACUGUCAACAGCAGUUGCUGACAAUCUGGUAUGAAAACAUCUCAGGACUCAGGGAGCAGGCCACCGCCAUCAAAUGCCUCGUGGUACUUGUUGUUGCCUUAGGCCUUCCAUUCCUUGCUGCUGGCUACUGGUUUGCUCCAUGUAGCAGGCUUGGGAAAAUCCUCCGAAGUCCCUUUAUGAAGUUUGUGGCACAUGCUGCGUCCUUCAUUAUAUUCCUGGGCUUGCUGGUGUUUAAUGCUUCUGACAGAUUUGAAGGCAUAACAACAUUACCAAACGUCACAGUCACAGAUUAUCCUGCACAGAUAUUCCGAGUGAAAACCACAAGGUUUAGCUGGACAGAGAUGCUCAUCAUGGUCUGGGUUCUAGGUAUGAUGUGGUCAGAAUGUAAGGAUCUGUGGAUGGAAGGCCCGAGAGAAUAUAUUUUGCAGUUGUGGAACGUUCUGGAUUUUGGAAUGCUCUCUAUAUUUAUCGCUGCAUUCACAGCAAGAUUCUUUGCCUUCCUUCAGGCCACGAAAGCUCAACAAUUUGUAGAUGAACACCAUUUCAGUGACCUAUCUACAGUAACACUUCCACCAGAUAUUGCAUACUUUACCUACGCAAGAGACAAAUGGCUCCCCUCAGAUCCACAACUCAUAUCUGAAGGUCUAUAUGCAAUUGCUGUGGUUCUCAGUUUCUCCAGGAUUGCUUAUAUUCUGCCAGCAAAUGAGAGCUUUGGCCCACUGCAGAUCUCCCUUGGCAGGACAGUCAAGGACAUUUUUAAGUUUAUGGUCUUGUUUAUCAUGGUAUUCCUAGCCUUUAUGAUUGGGAUGUUUAUUCUCUAUUCAUACUACCUUGGUGCUAAAGUGAACCCAGCUUUUACCACAGUUGAAGAAAGUUUUAAAACUUUGUUUUGGUCUAUAUUUGGUCUGUCUGAAGUAUCUUCAGUCGUGCUCAAAUAUGACCACAAAUUCAUUGAAAACAUUGGCUACGUAUUAUAUGGAAUAUACAAUGUGACAAUGGUGGUGGUGCUUCUCAACAUGCUGAUUGCUAUGAUCAACAGUUCAUACCAAGAAAUUGAGGAUGAUGCAGACGUGGAAUGGAAAUUUGCUCGUUCAAAACUCUGGCUGUCGUACUUUGAUGAUGGAAAAACAUUACCCCCUCCAUACAGUAUUGUGCCCAGCCCCAAAUCCUUCUUUUACUGCAUCAUGAGAGUGGUGAACCUUUUCAGAUGCAGAAGGAGAAGACUUAAGAAGGAUGUAGAACUGGGAACGGACAACUCCAAGUCCAGGUUGAACCUGUUCACUCAGUCGAACCUGAAAAUCUCAGAAACGCACAGUUUCAGCUCUAUACUCAACCAACCAACACGGUAUCAGCAAAUAAUAAAACGUCUUAUAAAACGUUUUGUGUUAAAAGCACAAGUUGACAAAGAGAAUGACGAAGUCAAUGAGGGUGAACUGAAAGAAAUCAAACAGGACAUCUCCAGUCUCCGCUAUGAACUUCUGGAAGACAAGUCUCAAACGACUGAGGAGCUUUGUGUUCUGAUACAAAAGCUUAGUGAUAAGCUUAACAUUAGCAUGACAAGAUGUGAAUGAUUAGAACUGCAAACAUUUUUUUUAUAAAUAUCUGCAUUAUGGACAAAACCUUUUUUCUUUAAAACGCAAUUAUUAAUUACAAGUUUAAUAUUUUACGCCAAAAGUCAGCUAAAUUAUGAUUAAUGCUUAUAAAAGUAGAAGCUAGCCUUCUGUGCCUGGCAUGUGUUGGUUAUUUUGUAUAUUGAUUAAGUCUUUCUGUUUUGUUUUGUUUAUUUCAAUUCUUUUUAUUUGUAUUAAUAUUAAUAUGUAUGCAGCACAUAACUGUGUAAUGCACAAAUUCUAUAUAUCUCACCUAAUUUGCACAAAAAGGCAACCAAGAGGAGGGCCUCUUAUGGGAAAACUGGAGGGACAUCGAUGCUUGCCACAGACUGUGCUAAACUGAGGUGUCACAGUUGGAUACACAAAGAUAGAUUUUGUGCAUACAGUACAUGUAAACGUGGUGUAAUGAAAGCACAGAUUACUGCAAUAAUACUUGUGACUAAAGCAAAACUGGCUUCACAUUUACAUUCUGUAAAUAUAUUGUAGUACACAUUUUUAUAUCGACAUUCAAAACAGUCAGAUGUUAUAUUUUAUGUUACUGUAUGUACAUUUCAACUAGAAAAAAACAUAUCAACUUCCUUACAUGUAGCUUUCUUAUCACAAGAAGGAAUUUUACACAUUUUGAACAGCUGAAUGUUUUAAAAUGUAAAAAAACUACAGGUUAAUUCACUUUUACGUAAAGGUAAAUUAUAGAAAAAACAAAUAUGUUAGAGGUCCCUUUUUUUAUAUUCGUGGGCCAAGCUCAAAGGUUUUAUACAGCGUAUUUUAUGGGCACUCAUUUUAUGUUUCUGCAAGAAAACAAACACAAUCAGUUUAACUUUCAGUAAUGAGUAAAAAAAAAACAAUUACCAGUAUAGUUAUUUCACUAUAUAAGUUGUAUGUAUAUACAUAUAUAUAUAUAUAUAUAUAUAUAUAUAUAUAUAUAUAUAUAUAUAUAUAUAUAUAUAUUCUACAGUAUGACAUAGACCAAAUAUUUUAACAUCUAAUUUUAAGAGCGCUCUCUACUUCAUAUUUUAAUCCCAGCUAAAAUUUGAAUCCCACCGGUGACAAAGCUGAGAAUGUGCCAAAUGGUUCCAAUAACAGGAACAUCCACAAGACUAAUUUUACACCAAUCUAAGUGUUCUGAUAUUGUAUAAUUGUGCCUAGUUAAUAUUGUUAACAGUUCUGAUGCUUAUUAAAUACUCAAUUGUAAUGAUUUAAUUCACUUAGAUUUUUCUAUUCUAUAAAUCUAUGCAGGGUGAUGAUUUCUUUUGUCCAGUGUUGACAUGGGGCUUAAAAUGCAACACAGUAGUACGCAAUAUAAAUCCAAUUUUGUAUUAGAACUUUUAUAUUUUAAUUCUGGAGAAUAAGUUUGCUUAGAGGUAAUUAUCUUUGUAUGUUAAUAAGCAAAACAUAUUGCUGUAUGACUUUAAAAUGUAAGAUGACAGAUUAUGUAUAUUGUUAACUAUUGUAUUUAAACAAUCCUAUAAUGUUAAUAAUAUUGUCUAGGGUUUUCCUUGGUCCUUUUGUAUUAAUGUUCCAGAUACAUUUUAGUCAAGCCUAUAAAGUGUAUUGUACACAGUGAAUGAGACUUGCAGUCGCGCUGGAAAUGAAAAUGCAUAAUGAAGUGAAUCACUUUCAGAGGGAUUUCCUUGUGUUGUAACUUCUAUGGAGGCAUGCAUUGUUUAGCAGUGUAUAGCACAUGCUGUACAUGAUUUAUGUCAUUUAUAAGAGAUAAUGUGGUC